CAAAUGUGUAAUUCCUCAUCAUCCUCAAAAAUCACUUUCUGAGUGUCAAUAAGUCUCUUGUUAUUAUUUGUAGUCUUGCUAAAGACCAUAAAAUCAUCAAUAUUCGAAUACAUAAUGCGAGAGUCGCUGUUUUCAGGCUCAACUGACUUGUUGCGCACUUGUUAUUUCCCAUAGGCUGCAACACAGUGACUGCAUGCGUCGCUUUGAAAUGUUUACUUUUUGCCUUAUAUCUUCGUCUGACUUCUUUUUAGGUUUGAAACGAUUCCGAGGAUUUCGCUUCCCUAGUCUUUGGCUUGAAAGGAGUGGGAUGUAAAAGUCGUGGUAUGAGAAUAAUAUACUUUAGCGGGGUGAGAUGAUCCCUGGCAGGUGAGAGAGAGACGGGAAUUCGUGACAGCCUUUCUUUCACCAGCACGCGCUCGAAUGCACGCGGCUUGAUGCAGAAAUAAUUGAAGAAUUUGAACAUGAUCUCAGCGCAACACCCGAGAAGCUGCCGUGCACCUGGGCUGUGUGUUCAAAUACUUUACACUGUUCUCAUACUGUGGACCAAAGAAAUGGACGGACUCUCGGAUUUCUCAAAUUAUCUGUUUAGGAUCAUCAACAGUCAAUCAGCUCAAGUCUGUGAUGGAGAUCUCCUGCUCCUCAGGUGUCCACGACACUCCACUAUAACUAUUCAGUCUGCAUUUUAUGGACAGAGUGAAACCCUUCCCGGGAUCGUGCCAGGAAUGAGAUGCCUGUGGCGUAAUCACAGCUGUUCUGCUGCCACAGCGCUGCCGAAAGUGCUCUCUGAAUGCCAGGGUCAUAGAGAUUGCCAGUUCCUGGUUAAUCAUCAAGUCUUUGGCGAAGAUCCUUGUCCUGAAACCCCUAAAUUCCUCCAUGUGUCAUACAGGUGUAAACCUACAGAGCACAAGAAGAGAGUAACAUGUGAGGGAGAUCGACUUCUGCUGCACUGCAAGUAUCCAAAGGUGCUGAAUAUCUACUCUGCUGUUUAUGGUAGACCGCUGGAGGAGAAAGACUUGUGCCCAGCAGAGGAGCGAGAACCUCCACCGUUUGAAUGUCUUUACCAUGGAGCUGGUGAUGUGGUAUCCAAAAUCUGCUAUGGCAAACAGAGAUGUUUGUUUACUGUAGACCAGGAACAUUUCAAAGACCCCUGCCCUCCUGGAACAAAAAAGUAUAUCACCGUCCUUUACGCAUGCGUUCCACAAAGUUUACUCAAAGAGGCUGAUCCCAGAAGUUUCCAAACUACCUCAGUUCCCAACCAAAGCACCAAAAAAGGGGAACAGCCAGUCGUAAGAAGUUCAAAGUUUCCAGAGAACAGGAUUAUUGUCAGCAAUUCUUUAAUGGCUUAUGUCUACAUUACAGAGCAUCCGGAGAUGGCAGGACUGCUCUUCACGUCAAGUGUUUGCGUGGGCCUUCUGAUUGUUCUAAUAGCCGUUUCAACGCAGCUAACCUGCAGUAGACAUCUAAAUACACCUAGAACAUUUAGGAAGAAGAGUAGAACAACUCAUGUGGAAGAGGAAGAGCCAAUGAACCAGGAUAAUGAUGAGGAUGAGAAAGGGUCGCUGAUGGACAGUUCUAACCUGGCCGAGAUAGACAGGAAGGUGUAUUGCUGGGAAGAUGUGACGUACACCACAGAGGCAGCAGAGCUGAUGGAGAGAAUUGAACGCAGAGAGCUUGUGAUUCAGGAAAUCAGGAUGAACGCAUACCUCAAUGGAAACACAUGCAUCCUGCAGUCAUACAUGCCAGCUAUUACACAGAAUGUGCAGUAGCUGUAAUUUCAACCAAAUUGUAUGUUUUCUGAUACCAAAACACUGCAAUGAAAGGUGAAGUGAGUCAUUUCCGCAACACUUUUGCUAGUUAAAACUGUCUAGAAACAGGCUUCCUGAACACUCCCCUCAUCUGCUAUUAGUCAGCCAAAUAAAUGACCCUGCCCCAAACACACAUUAUUUGUUGAGCUAAUGUUGCUCUUGUUGGGCAGCUCAAAUAAGUGAAGAAAAUAUCAAAUUUUAAGACAUUUAAAA